AUGAAAACAAAUAGUGGUAAAUUUUUAUCAUUUUUCAGCUGGGAUGAAACUCAUUUUGGAAAAAUGGGGAGCUGGUAUAUCAAUAGAACAUUCUUUUUUGACGUACAUCCACCUCUUGGAAAGAUGUUAAUUGGAGUUUCUGGAUAUUUGAGUGGUUAUGACGGCAAAUUUCCAUUUGAUAAACCUGGAGAUAAAUACGGAAAUACAUCCUAUGUUGGAAUGAGAUUGUUCUGCACUACUCUUGGAGCCACCAUCAUACCAAUGGCUUUCAUUACAGUUGACGAACUCACAGAAAGUGUAUCAGCAGCUUUUUUUUCAUCAUUACUUAUACUUUUUGAUGUGGGACUCAUUACUAUUUCACAGUAUAUUCUUUUGGAUCCUCUGUUACUGUGUUUUAUGAUGGCAUCUUUUAUGGGUUCAGUCAAAGUGUCCUCCAAAAGGACUGAAGAAUUUUCAGUUAAGUGGUGGUUUUGGUUGACAUUUACUGGAACAAUGUUGGCAUGCUGUAUUUCAGUCAAAUUCGUAGGUUUGUUUGUAGUUUUAUUGGUUGGAAUGAUGACUGUGUCAGAUUUAUGGAAUAUUUUAGGAGACUUGAGAAAACCAGUGCUUUACACAUUGAAGAAUUUGUUAGCAAGGGCAUUGUGUUUGAUUGUCAUACCGAUUCUGCUGUACAUCACAUUUUUCUACAUACACUUGACUGUUCUCAAUAGAAGUGGUAAUGGAGAUGGUUUCUACAGUUCUGCAUUUCAAUCACAACUCAUUGGUAAUACACCCAUAAGGACGAUAAUAAUAAAUGGAUUAUCAAAAAAUACAAUUCUGAAGUAACGACUGAAGAAGUUGAAAUUGUUCGUAAUGGUGAUCUGGUUCGUCUUGAACAUGUUUCCACCAAGCGCAAUCUCCAUUCCCAUAAAGAUCAGGCUCCAAUCACCAGAAAACAUUACCAGGUGACAGGAUAUGGUGAAAAGGGUAUAGGUGAUGCCAAUGACGUUUGGCGGAUAUCUAUAAUGGGUGCUAAUGAUGGUACCGAGGUAACGGCAGUGACCACCAAAUUGAGAUUUGUCCAUUAUUUGCAAUCGUGUUUGCUGACCACUACUGGUAAACAACUACCAAAGUGGGGUUACGAGCAGCAGGAGGUGACUUGCAACCCAAAUCUUCGAGAUCCAAACGGCGUUUGGAAUGUUGAAGAGAAUUUUUUCGAGAAAUUGCCCAAUGUUAGUUUUGAAGUAUAUGCUCCAACUUUUAUAGAACGAUUUUUGGAAUCUCAUGCAGUGAUGCUACAAGGAAAUGCUGGUUUGAAACCAAAAGAAGGAGAGGUUACUUCGAGGCCUUGGCAAUGGCCCAUCAAUUACAAGGGACAAUUUUUUUCCGGGUCUCAUUACAGAAUAUAUCUCCUUGGAAAUCCGAUCAUUUGGUGGGGCAACUUGGUAUUUAUUUUGGUAUUUUUGAUGGUGUUCAUCAUAAAUUCCGUGAAAAUGCAAAGAGGAUACAUCAGGUCAUUGGCAGAUAUCCACAAGAAAAAACUAGUUGCCUGUACGUGGCUCUUUUUGGGAUGGAUGUUACACUAUAUACCAUUUUGGGCUAUGGGACGAGUUCUUUACUUUCACCAUUAUUUUCCUGCCCUACUCUUCAGUUCUAUGAUUACAGGAAUAUUGAUAGACUUUAUGCUGAUGGAAAUAACAAAAUCGUUUAAUGAAGAAAAUGCCAGACUUUUCUAUCAUAUCAUGGUAGGCCUGGUAUUAUCAACCAUAGCUUAUAGCUUUUAUUUAUUCGCUCCUUUGGCAUAUGGCAUGAGUGGGCCGUCUGCUAAUGAGCCCAAUUCGACCAUGUUUGGACUACGAUGGUGUGCUGUCAUUUCUAAAAAGUUUUGA